AUGCUGUCUACCGAAAACGGCAAUGCAAGUCUGACAACACCACCACCGGGUGGACAGGUUGAUUUAAACGCCGCCGUCGCGGCACUAUCUACCAUGCGGCUCCCCAGUUUUUGGCGCCAUGCUCCUGAGCAAUGGUUCGUGCACGCUGAGGCUAUUUUCCACAACCAGCGCAUCAAAUCUGACCUAUCGCGCGUCAACCACGUGGUCGCCACGUUGGACGAGGACGGAAUCCGUACAGUAACAGACCUACUAGGUCCAGAUGCUAGGUACGACCUCAUAAAAAGCCGACUUAUUGCGGCGUACGUUGUCCCUACCGCCGCUCGAUUUCGUUCAAUGGUACAGCCUGGAGGUUUGGGCGAUCGUCGCCCAUCACAAUUACUGCGUGACAUGCGAAGCGGAACCACCGACGGCAUCGGCGAAAUAGCCCUUAAAGAAUUCUGGCUACAGAAACUGCCUCCCGCUAUCCGCGCAGUCGUAAUUAGUCUCGACGGCAAUUUGGAUUCAGUCGCUGAACGCGCCGAUCGAAUUAUGGACGCAACAACGGGUCACGACAUCGCUUCAGUCUCCGCCUACAGUGACACGGAUCGUUUCAGAGCGAUCGAAAAUUCCAUUUUGGCGCUUACUACGCAAAUCGCCGCAUUGGCCACAGCCCAAGCAAAAUCGCUCCGAACGUCACGUCCAACCGCGCAGUCAACUUCUAACCGAUCACGUUCGCGCUCAAAAUCACGCCCGCGUAAUGACAGCUGGUGUUUUUACCACAACAAUUUCGGCGCCGAAGCGCGUAAUUGUCGCGACCCGAGUACUUUCCGCUCGGAAAACUAG